GGUCGCUAUUGGCCAGCGGGGCUGUUAGUCGGAGCGGAGCAGCCGAGGCAGCGGUACCUGGGGCUCCCGUGUCCCGCAGCGGGAGAUGUGGGAGCGGAGCGUGGUGGUGUCCGCGCCGGGGAAGGCGAUCCUGCACGGGGAGCACGCCGUGGUGCACGGCAAGGUGGCCUUGGCCGUGGCGCUGGACCUGAGGACCUUCCUCCGCCUGAGGCGCUGCGGGGAGCGCGGGGUCUGCGUCCGCCUGCCCGGGGUCGGCGUCGUGAGGAGCUGGGACGUCCCCAGCCUCCAGGCCCUGCGGAGGGGCUUCGCAGCUGACUUUGAUGAAUCUAAGUCCCCCAGUGCAGAGCAGCUGGAUAUGCUGAAAGAGUUUGCUGGAAUUGCUGCCGGAGCCUCAGCUCCCGAGAGCCUUGCCACUCUUGCCUUUCUUUACAUGUACCUGGCUAUUUCGGCUAAGCAUGGAGAUGUUCCCAGUGUGGACAUACUGGUGUGGUCGGAGCUGCCCACAGGAGCUGGGCUGGGUUCCAGUGCUGCCUACACCGUCUGCUUGGCAGCGGCCCUGCUGACAGCGUGUGGAGCCAUCUCCUGCCCUCUGAAGGAGGGAGAGCCCACAGCCAGGUGGACAGAAGAAGAGCUGGCUUUGAUUAACCGCUGGGCCUUCCAAGGGGAGCGGGUGAUCCAUGGCAGUCCCUCGGGGGUGGAUAAUGCUGUUGGUACCUGGGGUGGAGCCCUGAGAUACCAAUCAGGAAAAAUCACACCAUUAAAGAGGGUGCCGAUGCUAAAGAUCUUGCUGACCAACACAAAAGUCCCUCGGAGCACCAAGGUCCUGGUGGCGGGUGUCAAGGAGAAGAUCCUGAAGUUCCCUGCUAUAAUGAACCCGGUGUUGGACUCCAUCGAUGCAAUUUCUCAGGAGUGCCAAAGUGUUCUGGAAGCGAUGCCUGCAAAUCCAUCACCAGAGUAUUACCCUGUGCUGGAGGAACUCUUUGAUAUAAACCAACACCACUUAAACGUGAUGGGGGCCGGCCAUCCCUCCCUGGACCGGCUGUGCGGGGUGACGGCGUCCCAUGGGCUGCACAGCAAGCUGACCGGGGCUGGUGGCGGUGGCUGUGGCAUCACCCUGCUGAGACCAGACACCUCCCCACUGGCCGUGGAAGCAGCCAAGCGAGACUUAUGUGCCUGUGGAUUUGAAUGCUGGGAGACCAGUAUCGGGGCCUCCGGGGUGACCCUGCACUCGUCCUCGUCUUUAAGCACCCAAGUGCUGCACGCGCUCGCAGAGAGUUAAGCUGCUGCCUCUGGCAAGACUUGAGCUCUUGGCACUCUGUCCUGGGAGCUUUGUGUGCCCCGAUGCCUGGAAACUUCUCUGCUGUGGGGCUGAGGGCCUCUAGAUGCAGGUGUGGAGCCAAUGUGGGGGCCUGGUGCUGCUGGGAGUGGGGGCUGCCAUGAGACCCAGGAGCAGCAGGGUGUGAGUUUGACCCAGGCUCUCAAAAUCCUCUUUUGAAUUGCCUUGCUCCACUGCUGUGCUAAUCCCAAGGGGCAGGAGGAGAGGGGCUUGGCUGGAUUCCAGCAUGGAUAAUGACACUUUGCUUGGUUCUGCUGCUUCAGAUGCAUGUGGUGUCUCUUCCCUUCUCCCCUGGCGUCGGGCAGCGGAGGCUGGCAAGGUGGAUGUGCAGAGAGCUUUGACAUUUUGGGGUGAAAAGCAUCUUGGCAGCUCAGGGCUUGACGCUCACGUCUCCAUUUCUCCUGGACUGCAGCUUCCAGUGGAGAGGAAACCUUUAAAUACAGCUCUUACCUGCUACUAAUCAGGAGUUGGAUAAUUAAAAGGGAAGAUGUGGUACAUUUCUAAUGAUAUUCUCACUGUUUUCACUCUUUCCCAUGAUCUCUGCCCAUAGCCAGGCUCGAGUUCAUGUGCUCGGGUUCAAACAGCAACUUGCCUGCAGGGAGGGUGGGUAGAGGCAGCUGAUUUCUGCUUGCAAUUGCUGUUCUGGGGUCUCUUGUACUUCAUUCUUAAAUGAGCGUGUCCUUGACCCUGUCACUGCAUGUGCAUCGUGCCAGGGCAGGGCGAGAGUGGGGCUGGAGCGGGGCAGUGACAAAGCAAACACAAGUUUGUUUUAGUUUGAAGUAAUCAAGUAGGAAAAGCAAACCUCAACCUCCUCAAAAGCUGACCUGAGCUUACAAUUGGCCAACUACAAAACCUAAAUGCAUUUAAACUGGUGAGGCAAAUGUAACUGCAUUUUUACUGCUGAAAUUUUAAUGAGCUGCACCACCGCGCUAAAGGGAAUUGGCAGGUGAGUGCCUGAAGCUAGAGUAUCCUGAAGUAAAUACAUGGACUCUUAGUGGCCGUGGUCUCUUCUGUACCUGACAGAGAGAUUUUUAUCACUGUUCUGCUUGGCUCAGUUGUUUUUUAAGUGUAGCUCUGUUCAGGAAUUGCUCCAUUCAAAGCUGAGUAAUAAAUUGGCAGAGAUGGGGGCUUGUCUUCCUCUUCCAGCGCAGGAAUAAAGAAUCAAGCGCGAGAAGCCGAGAUGUACUAGCUCUAUAAUCCUGGCAUCGUGGUGACCAGCUUUACUUCACUGAUCAGAUGUAAAACUGUCUCUGGUUUUAAUAAAUUGAUGGGGGUUUUUAUGUGCAAA